AUGCCUAACAUCGAUCUUCUUGACACUGCUCAGGUGUCCUCGGUCGUGAAAAGACACAAGGUUGUAGGAAUGAUAGGGAAAGAGAAGAAAUGGGAUAUCGGAGUUUCUCCAUCCGUGCCAAACUCCCGAAACCCAAUCCGUACCACCCUGGAGCUCAUCACCUCUCAGCCUCCCAAUCCCAUCAACGGUCCUACACGAUCAUUGAUCAACCUCGGCUUAGGUGAUCCAACUCAUUAUCCCCUUCAUCCCCCUCCGGAGUGCGCGAUCGAUGCGAUAACACGCACUCUCAAGUCGGGUAAAGCAAAUGGCUAUCUUCCUGGUGCUGGAAGCCUCCAGGCUAGAUCAGUAGUGGUGGAUUAUCAUGAACGAUGGGAUGGAGUGGCAUAUGGAUUAGAGGAUGUUGUUCUGACUCACGGUGUCGGGCAAGGUCUUGAUCUGAUCUUCUCCGUGCUCAUACCACACCAAACUGUCCAGAAAUGUAACGUCCUACUGCCUCGUCCAGGGUUUGCACAGUAUGCUACAUUGCUAGCCAAUCUUGGAACGGACGUCAGAUACUAUGAUCUGCUCGAAGAGCAAGGAUGGGAAAUUGAUUUGUCCUCUUUGGAGGAUUCCAUUGAUGGGGGAACAAAGGCAAUCAUCCUUACGAAUCCUAGCAACCCAUGUGGUAGCAACUACUCCCGAUCCCAUCUUCAAGCACUCCUUGAUAUCGCCGAGCAACACAAAGUCCCCAUCAUAUCGGAUGAGAUUUAUGGUCAUAUGACUUGGGACAAACCAUUCGUACCGCUGGCCAGUCUGUCCCGGAGUGUACCCAUCAUUACACUGGCAGGUUUGUCCAAACGUUUCCUAGUUCCUGGCUGGAGAUUCGGUUGGGUAUGUUUACAUGACCCCCUUUGUCUGGCAACGAAAGUUCGAGAAGGGAUGCACGUGUGGGCGAAUCGCUUCAUGGGACCGAACAGUUUGGUACAGGCUGCACUGCCUGAUAUUCUUGCAACACCGGGGAGUUGGUUCAAGGUAGUCAUGGACAAGAUACAACUGAACGCUCAUAUCUUGACCACAGCAAUCAACACCAUCCCAGGACUAUCCUGUGCAGCACCCAGCGGGGCAUUAUAUAUGCUUGUCAAAAUUGACUCAUCUCGUCUCCACAUGUCCGACAUCGAUUUCUGUACCUCACUCUACAGGGAAGAAGCCCUGUUCGUGCUACCUGGCAUAUGCUUUGAGGCUCCCGGAUACUUCCGAGCGGUCCUCAGUACUCCAGCUGAUGUCAUGCAGGACGUUGCUCUUCGCUUGAGGGCGUUCUGCCAUAGACAUGGUGGAAAGGUAUGCAUCUGA